UCAUUUUUCAACAAACCACACACAAACCAAUUGGCAGGCGGUCUCUGGCGUCCCACUAAAGCAGUGAAAAGCAAGGAAACUGCAAAGUGAGUCAAGUGCGACCGAUGUGCUGCUCUGCUACGCACUCCGGGAGGUCUCCAUAAGGUCUGCACCAAGAAAGAAAGAAAGAAAGGAAGAAAGAAAAAAAAAAAAAGGAGGUGUCCACUACUGUCAGGCGCUCCUGAUUCAGCUGCCACGCAACACAUUAUAAACGUGGCAAGUGGGUCAUUGGACUGUGGAAGAACUAUACAGAGUCAGGACAUCAACUAGCUGUAGUGCAGGCAGGCAAAAAGAAGCCGAGAUGGCGAUACCAACAUGGGCUCCGAGGGAGCCAGGUGGGGGACACACCGAGCGCUCACAUCCAUUUGAACGAUAUAGCGCAUCCCAUUCUCAGCCAUUUACAUCAUCAAACUUUGCGCCGGGCUCCAUGGCCAUGGGAAUACCAAACCACCGACAAACCGAGGACGACAUUGCUCCUCCACCACUGCCUCCUCCACGAUAUGUUGGACCUGGACCCAUGCCGGAACCCUCCAGAUUUCCAACGCCGGACCGCCGCAAUGGCGGUUUCUCAUUGGAGUCGCAAACAUCCAGCCUUGAUAGCUUAGGUCACAGCCCUAGGGGAUUUAGGAAAGAGUUUCAUAGGGACGAGGGUUACCACAGUAUCUCGUCGAAUCUGGGACAAUCUCAAGAUGCUGCCUCCAAGACAAGAUUCAUGACUCACGAUCAAUUUCAGUUUCGACCGAGCGGUAGUGAUUACGAUUCUUCACUGCUGAAGAAGUUCGAUGCCCGGCGGACUCUAGACAACCAGUUGCCACCAAGGCGGUCUGGCAUCAGCUCUUCACUAAAUGAACCUGCCUCGCGCCGCGACAGUUUGGACCAGCGUCAGCUACCUUCGUUGUCAUUGCCAAUCCGUUCGAACUCAAGACUAUACGGUGAUGCGUCGGCAAGUGAAACAGGGCAGCAUUCUUCGAACUUAGCGGCUCACGGAUAUGGCGUUGACUAUCGGUCACCCAUUGAGCCUACCGACUUCGAUAGGUCACCGCCCCAUCGCUCGAAGCGGACGAACAGCGGGUCUGUGGCAGACGAUGUCACUGUCUCUACUCAGGGCAGCUAUGAGAACAACGGAGAUGAUGUAGAUUUCCCCAUGGAGGAUGCUGGUAUGGGACGAUUACGCAUUGAGGAGAGCGCAUUUCGAGGGGACUAUCACACUAUUGGCCAGAAACGCCGAGCUUCCUCGCCACCUGGGGACGAUUUUGCUCUGCAAGGCUUACCAGGUGCAGGUGAAUUGCUGCGUCGUCGCGAAGGUGCAUCCCGGGCGUCACCAACGCCGCGGCUUACUAUUCCGCAAAACGCGGCCUCCCCCUUCGGACGAAGUGGUUCCUACGUGAAUUCUCUACCCAUGACUGCCACGAGCGCAGCCAGCAUGGCUUCGUCUUUUGGCCGACGAUCUCCUGGCGGCCUAUCCCCAAGUGGAUUGUCGCCGGUAGAUGGCAUGUGCAACUCGCCUUACAGCACACCGAUCUCACUCACACAUUCCCCCCGUUCCGCCAUGUCACGGGUUCCGCACCAACGUCAGUCGAGUAUUUCACGCAUUCAAGGGUUUUACAUGUGCGAAUGCUGCCCUAAGAAGCCCAAGAAAUUCGAAACAGCUGAAGAACUAGGUGCUCACGCAGCCGAGAAGCAAUACGAGUGUUCUUUCUGCGGGAAUCGUUUCAAAAAUAAGAACGAAGCAGAACGACAUCAGAACAGCUUGCAUGUCAGGCGUCACAGCUGGUCAUGCUCUGCACUUCACGUUGCAGGAUACGACAAGGCUUUCCAUGAAAGCACGAAUCGACCAGGUGAAGCUGACGCCUGUGGCUAUUGUGGAGAGGAAUUUCUAAGGAGCGGAGGACCCGGCCGCGCUCGCCAUCCAACUGAACAAGAUUGGGACGACAGGCUACGCCACCUUCAGGAAGUCCACAAGUUCCGAGAAUGCAACUCAAGCAAGAAGUUCUUCCGUGCAGAUCAUUUCCGACAACAUCUCAAGCAUAGUCACGCUGGAACAAGCGGUAAAUGGACAAACAUGCUGGAGACGGCAUGCAUGAUCGAGGAAGAAGCGCCACAGCCGCGUUAGAACAAACCAUUGCGAGGGUGUGGGGUUCUCUCUUUCGGCUGAUGGGCUGAUACAAUAUAAUCUGAUACAAGUCUCUGUCUACAGUCAUCCGUUCGCACCCGUCCAGUGUCGAGCUUGUAUUGGUCCUCGGCGGCCAUGGCCGAUGCAAUGGUUCUUCCGGAAAGGCCCAAGUCGGUAGCCAACUUCAACCUCACAUAGGGCCGAAUUUGACAUAGGCUGAACCAUGUUGCACUAUGUGGAUGACUGAGAGUUGCCUGAUUUAGGCGACUUGCAGAGACG